GAUUAUUACAAAGUUCUAGGUAUUGCUUCUCGUAAGGAUGCCCAGAGCAACCCGGCCCUGAUCAAGAAGGCUUACCGUAGACGUGCCUUGCUAACGCAUCCGGACAAGACGGGGGGAGACCGACGUGCCUUUGACAAGGUUGCCAAAGCCUACGAAGUCUUGUCCGACGAUACCAAAAAACAGCUGUACGAUCGUUUUGGAGAAAAAGGUGUGGAACAAGGAGUCACCGGAGGAGGCAGCACCUUUGCAGGCUUUGCCGGUGCCGAGGACCUUUUCCGUUCCUUUUUCGGUGCCGGGUCCCGCACGUCUGGGACAAGCAGCGGCAACCCUUACUUCCCAACAUCACGACGUAACCGAACGGUACGAUAUCAACUGGAAGUGACCUUGGAAGAUCUGUAUCGCGGAAUGUCGCGCACCGUUAGGAUCAACCCUCCGGACGCCAGUCCGUUCUCGCGAUCUCGAUAUCAGGGCGCGAGCGCUAAACAGGCCAAAUCUGUACAAAUUGACGUCCCCCGCGGCGCCUUGGAUGGACAAUCCAUCGUGCUCUCUGGCGAAAUGGAUUUCGAUCAGGACGAUACUCCUGGUGACUUGGUGUUCUUGCUGCAACAGCGACAACAUUCGGUUUUUACCCGUGAGGGCCACGAUCUCGCCAUGAUGGUAAAAAUUUCGUUGCAAGAGUCAAUUUGCGGCAUGACACGCACCUUUCGACAUUUGGACGGCCGCAUGGUGACCAUUCAAUCGGCACAAACGUCCAGCGGCGAACAUAAAACGCCAAAUUUGAUUCGGUCGGGGGAUGUACAAGUACUCCGGGGACGGGGCAUGCCCAAAGACGCCCAAUGCACGUCUUUUGGCGACUUGUACGUUCAAUACGAAAUUGAAACGCCC